AUGGCGCCCACCUCCAACUCCUCCGAGAGCCGGGUCCCCGCGCGCAGCCUGGACAACGCGCUCCUCCCGGGACCCAUCAUAAAAGUCGGGGAGGAUGCCCCCGCUCCCGCGGAUCGCCCCCACCGAGCCCCCGAACUUCCCGUAACCUCGGCGUCCUUGGGGUGCCGGCGCACGCGCAUGCCGAACCUGAUGGGCCACGAGAACCAGCGCGAGGCGGCCAUCCGACUGCACGAGUUCGCGCCGCUGGUGGAGUACGGCUGCCACGGCCACCUGCGCUUCUUCCUGUGCUCGCUCUACGCGCCCAUGUGCACCGAGCAGGUCUCCGCGCCCAUCCCCGCCUGUCGCGUCAUGUGCGAGCAGGCCCGGCUCAAGUGCUCGCCCAUCAUGGAGCAGUUCCACUUCAGGUGGCCCGACUCGCUGGACUGCGGCCGGCUGCCAAGUCAGAACGACCCCAACUAUCUGUGUAUGGAGGCGCCCAGCAAUGGCUCAGACGAGCCCACCCGCGGCGCCGGCCUCUUCCCACCUCUCUCCCGGCCGCAGCGUCCCCCUGGCGGCGGCGCGCACGAGCACCCGGCUCAGGACGGCGCCGCGGCACGCGUGGGUUGCGACAACCCGGGCAAGUUCCACCGCGUGGAGAAGAGCGCGUCGUGCGCGCCGCUGUGCAUGCCGGGCGUGGACGUGUACUGGAGCCGCGCCGACAAGCGCUUCGCUGUGGUCUGGCUGGCCGUGUGGGCUGUGCUCUGCUUUUUCUCCAGCUCCUUCACCGUACUCACCUUCCUCAUCGACCCCGCGCGCUUCAGGUACCCCGAGCGUCCCAUCAUCUUCCUGUCCGUGUGCUACUGCGUGUAUUCUGUGGGUUACAUCAUCCGACUCUUCGCGGGGGCUGAGAGCAUCGCCUGCGACAGGGACAGUGGCCAGCUGUAUGUCAUCCAGGAAGGGCUGGAGAGCACCGGCUGCACGCUGGUCUUCCUGGUGCUCUACUACUUCGGCAUGGCCAGCUCGCUCUGGUGGGUGGUCCUCACACUCACCUGGUUCCUGGCCGCAGGCAAGAAGUGGGGCCACGAGGCCAUCGAAGCCAACAGCAGCUACUUCCACCUGGCGGCCUGGGCCAUCCCAGCGGUGAAGACCAUCCUCAUCCUGGUCAUGCGCAGGGUGGCGGGCGAUGAGCUCACGGGCCUGUGCUACGUGGGCAGCAUGGAUGCGAACGCCCUCACAGGCUUUGUGCUGGUGCCGCUGGUCUGCUACCUGGUCGUUGGCACGUCCUUCAUCCUGUCGGGCUUCGUGGCCCUGUUCCACAUCCGUAGGGUGAUGAAGACGGGCGGGGAGAACACAGACAAGCUGGAGAAGCUCAUGGUGCGCAUCGGGGUGUUCUCCGUGCUGUACACCGUGCCGGCCACCUGUGUGAUCGCCUGCUACUGCUACGAGUGCCUCAAUACAGAGCACUGGAAGGCGCUGGCCGCACAGCACAGGUGCCGCAUGGACAACCAGACCAGGACGCUGGACUGCCUGAUGGCCGCCUCCAUCCCCGCGGUGGAGAUCUUCAUGGUCAAGGUCUCCAUGCUGCUGGUGGUGGGCAUCACCAGCGGGGUGUGGAUCUGGACCUCCAAGACCCUGCAGUCCUGGCAGCAGGUCUGCAGCCGCAGGCUGAAGAGGAAGAGCCGCAGGAAGCCGGCCAGCGUCCUCACCAGCGGGGGCGUUUACAAGAAAGCCCAGCACCCGCAAAAGCCACACCUGGGGAAGUUCGAGCUCCCCAUGCAACCGCCUGCCUGUGUGUGAGGGGAGAGGACAGGGACGGGGCAGGCGGAGCCCACGCUAGGGGCUUUGCUUGUUUUUUGUUUUUUUAAAUAAAAGUUUAAAAAUAUAUAAAGAAACAGUGUUCACCCUGACAUUCAGGAUGCCAUGUACUCAGAAAGCAAGAAGUGUUCUCAGGAGGUUUGGUUCUCCUUGGUGCUUGGGCUGGGGCUCCUCAUCCUCAGCUUAUGUUGCUCUUCUGGGGUGCAGCUAUGGGCUCGGGUUGGGAAGAGCAUUUCCAGACUGUUCCCCUUGCCUCUGUGUGCUGUGUGGCCUGGCCAGCACCCGGAUCCGCUCUUCCCCAGGGGAGCAGCACCUCCUGGCCCACCCCAGGCUGCGGUGCAUCACAGGGUGUGCGGGGACAAAGGGGUCCCUGGGAGUCUUCAUGCUCCAGUAAGUCUGGGUCUGCAAGAUCGACUCCAGCCUUGCACCAGGCCUCUCUCCGAGCCAGGAACCUCCCGCAAACCUCACAUUUGCGGGCCCCAAUGAUGUGCAAUACAUUUUUCUUCUCUUUCCGUGAAAAUAAAAAGAGAAACAAGUAUUUUGCUGUACAUAGAGACAACAAAAGAACUCUCCUAACAAAAGAACUAAGAGGCCUGGCCUCGGAAACCCUUUAGCGUUGUAUUUUGUGGCUUUUAAUGGAAACCAAGCCAGUGUUGUACAUGUUUGGACUGAUUUGUGGAAAGGAGGGGUAAAGGGAGAAGGAUCAUUCAGAAGGACCCAAUGGGCUUAUUGACUCCUGCUAUUGUCAAACAAAUCAUUUCCAUGAAUAAAUCAAGAAGUGCUAGGCCAGAAAGACAAACUUUGUCUAGCACAUUCUCUUCACCAGGCCAGGAAGGGUGGCCCCGCCUGUGUAUAUGUGUAAUAUAUGAUAUUUUUCAUGCACCACUAUUUUAUUAAAAAUAAAAGACACUCUUUAG